ACAAGUGUUUUUGUUUAUAAAUGUGGUUACAAAAUAAAUGAUAUUUUAAAUAAACUUGUAUAAUUUGGAACGCUAUUAUAAUAAAACACAUACUUUAUUUAUAAACAUAUUGUUUUGUGAUAUGAGGUAUUAAAAUAUACUCUUCAUUUGGUGUUCACGAAUUAUAAACUUUACAAGCAAAAGCUUUAACAUGGAUACUGCUGUUCUUGUAAAUGUUGAAAACUUCAUUCAACCCCAAAAACCAUUAGUAGCUCAUCAGAUGUAUGUGACCGAGAUUCCGGACAUGAUUGUCGUAGAAACAAGGUUUAUAACACGUCAAAUGGCAGAAGAAGAGGAAAUAUUAAUGCCACAAACAUUGAUACUUUCUUCCGAAAACAUUAAUAUACAGGAAAAACCUCAAAAUGGCGUUUUUCAUAAAACCAAAGAUGCAGGCGUUUUGGCAGAAGUCGACAUUGCUCAUAAAUCUAUUCAGACUAAUAGCCAUAACCCACUACGAAAUCGUGAACAGCAAACCAUUAAGUUUUUUAAUCAAGAAGAUAUAGGCAUCCAAUGUGAUAUUGAAAAUGACAUAGACAGUGAAAUAUUGCUAAUGGAUAGUAAUCCACUGGAGGAAUGCGAAACCGAUGAAUAUCAUUUAUUUUUAGAUUUUGUGGAAAAAAAUACCUAUCUCUACAGGAAUAACAAACAAGAAUGCAUAGUGUGUGGUGAAAUUUGUUCUAAUUCAAAACAAACACUAUCACAUAUGGCAACACAUUGGGGUCCGCCGGCGCUUUGUGAACUUUGCGGCCAAAAUUUUGAACAUGCAAAUCUGUUAAUAAUGCAUAAAUGUACCAACAAAGCAACAAAGAAAUAUAUGAACCGGUUUUUUAAACAAUGCCCGUUAUACUCAUGUGGAGUAAUUGUUAAAUCAAAAAUGGAUUUAUAUGAUCAUAUUAAAGAACACUUGGGUUUGCCUACCUACCGGUGUUUAGGCUGUAAACAGAAGUUUAGAAAAAGAAAGGAGCUACUACAUCACUCAACAGUACAAAAAAAGUGUUUGCCAAAGUUCUGGCGAUUACCUUUGUUCCAAAGAAAAUUAAGUCAAACAAAAAAUGGUAAACUUCGCCGAAAAAAUAGUUUAAGCAUUACAAACAAACAACAUUUAAGACUGUAUCUUCGAAAAAAAUUGCGUUGUCAUAUUUGUUUACUUAAAUGUUUAAAUGUGUCUAUAUUUGCAAAACACCGUAAAAGAUGUGUAAAAAAAUUUAGUGAAAGGUUAGAAAAGUUGAAAUAAUAGAUAAUUUAUGAAUUCAUCAACUAUGAUAUGCUAGGCUAUGAUAUUUAAUUCCAAAUAGUUUAUUGAUAAUCAUAGGUAUUUAUUAAAUAAAAUCCAUUUACGCUUUAUAUGUAACUU